AUGGAGGGGAUGAUGGAAAAGGGAGUAUUGGAUGAUAUAAUAAGGAGGUUAUUGGAAGAGAAGGGAGGGAAGCAAGUUCAGCUCUCUGAGGCUGAGAUCCGCCAGCUUUGUGUCAAUGCUCGCCAGAUUUUCCUCUCUCAGCCUAAUCUCCUCCAGCUUCGUGCCCCCAUUAGGAUCUGUGAUGGUGAAUUCAUGCAGAAUAAGUGGAAGGGUCUUUUUAUUUGUGAUUGGCAUCNUGAAAAGAUCCUUUGCAUGCAUGGGGGAAUUUCUCCAGAGCUAAAGAGUUUGGACCAAAUAAAUGAAAUUCAGCGGCCGGCUGAGAUUCCAGACGGUGGCUUGCUGUGUGAUCUGUUGUGGGCUGAUCCUGACCCUAGAAUUAAGGGUUGGUCGGAGAGUGAUCGAGGUGUUUCUUGUACUUUUGGACCUGAUGUAGUUGCCGAGUUUUUGGCUAAGAAUGAGUUAGACCUCAUCUGUCGGGGUCAUCAGGUGGUGGAGGAUGGAUAUGAAUUCUUUGCGAAGCGAAGACUUGUGACUCUAUUUUCUGCUCCCAAUUAUGGUGGAGAAUUUGAUAAUGCAGGUGCCUUAUUAAGCGUUGAUGAGCAACUUGUAUGUUCUUUUGAAAUAUUGAAACCGAUAUUAUCUAGCGGUUCAAAGUUGCCCCUAAAGAAGCCACCAAAGGUUGGAGGGAUGUGAUACAAUAGAAAGUGUAAUGGAGAUUUAUCCAGUAUAUAGCGAAGAAUGACAAGCACUACACUUUAUAUUUUGUUAUUGACACAAGCCAUCAUAUUUCCAAUACCUUUUUGGCUUUGGAACUACUAUGGAUAGGCCAUGAGUAUAUUACUACUGAAGGAAAAAAGAAUUCUGUAAAUCGGCAACAUAACUUAUCUUCAGAAGAUCUAAGAUGUUUCAGUUGUUUACUUUAGACACAUUUUGUUUCCUUCCUGUAUUUACUAGCACUCAGAUUUGACACUUCUUAAUUGAGGAUGAGUUGCUUUAUCAUCCAAUAGUUUACAAAUUCUGUAAUGUUACAGUUUAUUAAUCUUUUCUUUUAAUGAUAACAUAACCAUUUUAUAACUGUAA